AUGGCCCCUUCAAAGUGGGAUGACGAGGAGGAGAGCGUUUCUCCCCCUCCCGUUGCUGCCCGUCGCAAGUUUGACGAUGAGGAAGAAGACGAUGUCCUCGACUCAUGGGAUGCCGCCGAAGACUCCGAGGUAGAGAGAGAAAAGGCCGCCAAGGCUGCUGAGGCUAAGGCCAAGGCCGAAGCGGAGGCGGCUGCCAACAAGAAGAGCAAGGCGCAGCGCAUACAGGAGCACAAGGCGACGCGGAAGGCACAGGCAGACGCCGAGAGCGAGGAGGACAGCGAGGAGGACGAAGCCGAGCGCCGCGCCCGCCUCCGCAAGACGGAGAAGGAUGCCGAUCUCAAGCACGCCGAGGAUCUGUUUGGCGACAUCGACCUCAACCGCAUGCGCAACCGCGGCGCCCCCAAGGCCGUCGUCAUCGGCGACUCGACUGACCCCACCCAGGCAGUCGACCUGUCGGCCAUGCCGCUGUUCAAGCCCACCACCAAGGAUCAGUUCGCGCGUCUCUCUGCGACCCUGGUCCCCCUAUUGACGGUGCACUCCAAGAAGCCCCAGUAUGCUCUGUGGGCCCAGGAGUUCGUCAAGCAGCUGGCCAAGGAAUUGCCCAGUGGCGAUGUCAAGAAGAUGGCUUCCGGUCUGACCACGCUCAGCAACGAAAAGAUGAAGGAGGAGCGUGCCGCUGACAAGGGCAACAAGAAAACCAAGGCCGCCAAGACCAAGGUUUCCCUCGUCGCGGCCAGAGAGAACCACAUUGACUCGAACUCUUAUGAUGAUGAUGGCUUGGAUGACGAUGACUUCAUGUAAUUAUUGAAAUUCGGCGUGACACGUUUUUAUUUCCUUAUACCAUCCUCCCCCAUAGCUUUCUCUUAGACUCAGGUUCAUUUUCUCUGGAGCCUUAGCUAGACCGGUCUUGACAUGCUUCUGACGUACAUUCUUGUAAAUGCGAUUCAAACCCAUCUCCUUGUUGUUUUCUUUUUUUUUUGCUCUAAAAAGCCAUCCUGCUCACCACAUAUUCUUGUCCGCAUUUAGACAUAGAAC